AGUAAAUCUUGUCCGUUGGAUUCUUCUUUUUUUGCACAUUGCAACGAGGGAUAUUAAUAAUCAGCCAUUGUGCAAAUCAUGGUCUUCUUCUUCAAGAAUGAGCUGAUACUCACAUAAGAAGAAGUUGUUUUUGGGAUUUUUCACUACUGAGCCAUUGUUGUGAAAUUGGACGCUAGUAGCAUUGAAAUGGCAGAACAAAAGAGUAGUAACGGAGGAGGAGGAGAAGUUGUUAUCAAUGUUUCUGGUGAGGAAGCAUCAAAGCGUUCCAUGGAAAUGGCUUCACCAGAGUCUGAGAAAGGAGUGCCCAUCAGUAAAAGCCCUUCUCCUGAAAUCUCUAAGCUUGUUGGUAGUCCUAACAAGCCUCCUAGAGCUCCAAAUCGGAACAAUGAGGGUUUAACUCAGAGGAAAUCUUUUGCAAGGUCGGUUUACUCCAAACCCAAGUCCCGGUUUGUGGAUCCAUCUUGUCCUGUAGACACAACUGUUCUAGAGGAGGAAGUUAGGGAGCAACUUGGUGCUGGUUUUUCUUUUAGUAGAGCUUCUCCGAAUAACAAAUCGAAUAGGAGUGUUGGGUCAACAGCACCGUUAACACCAAGUAAAGCCGUUGUGGAGAAAGAUGAAGAUGAGGAAAUCUACAAGAAGGUUAAGCUGAACAAAGAGAUGCGCAGUAAGAUAAGUACAUUGGCUUUGAUAGAGGCAGCUUUCUUUGUGGUGAAUUUGAGCGCUUUGGUUGCGAGUUUAACCGUUGAUGUCCUUAAAAAUCAUACCUUAUGGGGACUAGAAAUCUGGAAAUGGUGUGUGCUUGUGAUGGUUAUAUUCAGUGGAAUGUUGGUGACCAAUUGGUUCAUGCGUUUGAUUGUGUUCCUCAUAGAAACAAACUUUCUUUUGAGGAGAAAAGUGCUCUACUUUGUGCACGGCUUGAAGAAGAGCGUCCAAGUCUUCAUAUGGCUCUGCUUGAUUCUUGUUGCUUGGAUAUUGUUGUUCAACCGCGAUGUGAAACGGUCCCAGGCAGCUACAAAAAUCCUCAACGUCAUAACCAGGACUCUUAUCUCCGUUCUUACCGGGUCAUUCCUUUGGCUGGUGAAAACAUUGUUGUUGAAAAUCCUUGCAGCAAAUUUCAACGUCAAUAACUUUUUCGACAGGAUUCAAGAUUCUGUUUUCCACCAGUACGUUCUACAAACGCUCUCGGGUCCUCCACUUAUCGAAGAGGCAGAAAGGGUCGGGCGUGAGCCAAGCACCGGCCAUUUGAGUUUUGCUAGUGUAGUGAAAAAAGGAACGGUUAAAGAGAAGAAAGUGAUUGAUAUGGGGAAAGUUCAUAAGAUGAAGCGAGAGAAAGUUUCUGCUUGGACAAUGCGGGUUUUGGUAGAAGCUGUUAGAACUUCAGGUCUCUCUACAAUCUCUGACACAUUGGACGAAACAACAUACGGCGAGGGGAAAGAGCAAGCUGAUAGAGAAAUUACUAGUGAGAUGGAGGCUUUGGCUGCUGCUUACCAUGUAUUCAGGAAUGUUGCUCAGCCUUUCUUCAAUUACAUAGAGGAAGAGGACUUACUUAGGUUCAUGAUUAAGGAAGAGGUUGAUCUUGUGUUCCCAUUGUUUGAUGGUGCUGCCGAGACCGGGAAAAUCACAAGAAAAGCUUUCACAGAAUGGGUGGUUAAAGUGUACACGAGCCGGAGAGCUUUAGCGCAUUCGUUAAAUGACACAAAAACAGCGGUUAAGCAGUUAAACAAACUUGUGACAGCAAUCUUGGUUGUGAUUACCGUUGUGAUUUGGCUACUGCUUCUAGAAUUAGCAACGACUAAGGUUUUGUUGUUCUUCUCCACCCAACUCGUGGCUCUGGCUUUUAUAAUCGGAAGCACUUGCAAAAAUCUCUUUGAAUCCAUUGUGUUCGUAUUCGUCAUGCAUCCUUAUGAUGUUGGCGAUCGAUGUGUUGUGGACGGUGUCACGAUGCUGGUUGAAGAAAUGAAUCUGUUAACGACGGUGUUCUUGAAGCUUAACAACGAGAAAGUGUAUUAUCCGAACGCUGUUUUGGCCACGAAACCGAUAAGCAAUUACUUCAGAAGUCCGGAUAUGGGAGAAACAGUGGAAUUCUCUAUCUCAUUCUCAACACCAGUCUCUAAGAUCGCACAUCUCAAAGAAAGAAUCGCCGAGUACUUGGAGCAGAACCCGCAGCAUUGGGCACCGGUUCACACGGUGGUGGUGAAGGAGAUAGAGAACAUGAACAAGCUGAAGAUGGCCCUAUACAGUGACCACACCAUCACGUUUCAGGAAAACAGAGAGAGGAAUCUCAGAAGAACCGAACUUGUUUUGAACAUUAAGAGAAUCUUGGAGGACCUUCACAUCGACUACACUCUCCUUCCUCAAGAAGUUAAUCUCACCAAGAAGAAUUGAGAACCAAUUUAUAACCGGUUUGGUGUUUUUUCUAAACCGUUACUUUAAGAUUUUAUUACCAAACUUUGCGGUUCUGUUUUGUUUUAGGCUUUUAGAGUAGAAGAUGAAAUCAAUUUAUAUUACGCUA